CGUGAACUUACAGCGAGCUCUUGUUUUCUCUUCACCAGUUCAGCUAGCUCCCGGCGAGUGUCCGGGAUCUGUGGCGGAGUCGUCUUUGCAUGCAUCGCCAUGAUGGAUCGAGCUAUCUAGAAACAAAACAGCGGCUGGUUGAUAAGACUCCAGGUUACACUGUCUCAUCUUCAAUACCGACAAAAUACCAAAGAGUGGUGAUAACAAAUGAAGAAAAGAAAGGGUUUUCCUCUCAGGCCAAGCGGUUUUCCUCACACAUUUGCCUGAAUGAAAAUCCAGGACCAGGCAGCUACAGCUGUACCACAAGCACUGAAGCUCAAAGUCCCUCCUUCUCUAAGAAAGGCACUACAGGCUUUGUUGCAUCCAGGCCUCCCAGGGGUUACAGUGAUCCACAGAGGAGCAUCCCAGGACCGAAUGUAUACAACAUACAGAGCUCCUUUAUGAACAAGCAUGACUUCAACACUGGGGUCUCCAGAGUGUUCAGGUUGCCUGUGGCUGUGCAGCUGGAUGGGCCCAAGCAAAAAAGUCCAGCACCAAAUCAGUAUGAUGUCACUUGUGGCAGUAGAGAGAGACUUAAUGCUGUGGUCGGAACGUCGGGUUUCCUCUCAAAAACUGGACGUAAUACAUUUUACCCCAAUGGAAAUAUGCCAUCACCAUGUCACUAUGAGGUGAAGAACCAUUUUAUCCAGCACAGCUCAAAGGCAGUCUUGUCACCCUUCAAGUCCAAAACUCAGAGAAUCCCUGCUCUAGUGGACAACCAUGUGCCCGGUCCAGGAGCCUAUAGUCCACAUCAGACCCGCAUUCCAGCCAAGAAAACCAUGCUACCGAGGGGUUAUUAUUUGGCAAUAUCAGCACCAGCUCUGAUUGUACCUAAGGACCCCCCCUUACCAGGCCCUGGGCAGUAUGACCUUGUCAGGAAGGACAGCUCAUCUAAGCAUCCUUUGCCCACUGCUGCGUUCGCUUCCACAACUGAACGUAAACCUCAAAUCUGCCAGACUGAUGCGAAUCCAGGACCGGGUUUCUAUAAUCCACGGGUUUGGACAAAGCAGUCUUUCUUUUACAAUGAUUCCAAAGUCUGGAUUCCUGCAUAGACAUUUUUCUGACAUUGUCCUUAUCCAACGGCUUCUACGCAGGGAUGAUAUAGCAGAAGUGUUGCUGCAGCUGCUGGUCCACUGGGUUGGACGCCACAAUAACAGCUGAGAGCUUGAGAAGACACCGCUGUGGCAACUGUGAGACAGCAGACAGGAGGGUGGAGCGCGGCCCUGUAUG